AUGACAGGUGGAAGUCUUGACAAUCAAAGUUUUGAGUCAUCCUAUCUUGGAAUCAAUAAUCGUAAAGGCUCAACAACAACAACAGGUGCAAGAACAUCACCAAAUUAUACCAAUGGGAAAAACGGUUUCUCGGUUAGGGGCGCGAAAACAUUAGGCUGGUACUUAACUGAUGAAUUGUUUCUAAGAAACAACGUUACACAACAGAAUAAAGAAAAGAAGGAAGCUGAAUCGGAAACACGUAAAUUAAAACAAGAACUUGGUGGUUAUAUUAAUGACUUUGGGUCGGAGUUAGAAUCCGCUGACGAUGAUGAAGAUUCGUUCAGUUUAUCAAUCGCCGAUUUACCAGGAUUGAUAGAGGGAGCAGCACUGAAUCGUGGGAGAGGUCGA